UUGUGUGUUUCUCCUGCUUUCAACAUGCGACUAUAGUUCGAUGUAGAUGAAUGUGCUUUGGAAACCCAUACAUGCGACUUCGAUGCUACAUGACACAAUACUAUUGGAUCAUACAAAUGUACAUGUGAAGAAGGAUUUACAGGAAACGGAACCUCGUGUAUGGAUGUAGACGAAUGUGCUUUGGAAACCCAUGCAUGUGAUUUGGAUGCAACGUGUAACAAUACUAUUGGAUCAUACACAUGUGCAUGUAAAGAAGGAUUUACUGGAAAUGGGACAAAAUGUGAAGACGAAGAUGAAUGCGCUUUGGAAACCCAUACAUGUGACUUGGAUGCAACGUGUAACAAUACCAUUGGAUCAUACACAUGUACAUGUAAAGAUGGAUUUACAGGAAAUGGGACCUCGUGUAUAGAUGAAAAUGAAUGUGCUUUGGAAACCCAUACAUGUGACUUCGAUGCCACGUGUAACAAUACUAUUGGAUCAUACACAUGUACAUGUAAAGAUGGAUUUACAGGAAACGGAACAAAAUGUGAAGACGAGGAUGAAUGUGCUUUGGAAACCCAUACAUGUGAUUUGGAUGCCAUGUGUAACAAUACCAUUGGAUCAUACACAUGUACAUGUAAAGAAGGAUUUACAGGAAACGGGACCUCGUGCAAAGAUGAAAAUGAAUGUGCUUUGGAAACCCAUACAUGUCACUUGGAUGCCACGUGUAACAAUACCAUUGGAUCAUACACAUGUGCAUGUGAAGAAGGAUUUACAGGAAACGGGACCUCGUGCAAAGAUGAAGAUGAAUGUGCUUUGGAAACGCAUACAUGUCACUUCGAUGCUACAUGUAACAAUACUAUUGGAUCAUACACAUGUACAUGUGAAGAAGGAUUUACAGGAAAUGGGACAAAAUGUGAAGAUGAAGAUGAAUGUGCUUUGGAAACCCAUACAUGUGACUUGGAUGCAACGUGUAACAAUACCAUUGGAUCAUACACAUGUACAUGUGAAGAAGGAUUUAUAGGAAACGGAACCUCGUGUAUAGAUGAAGAUGAAUGCGCUUUGGAAACCCAUACAUGUCACUUGGAUGCUACGUGUAACAAUACCAUUGGAUCAUACACAUGUACAUGUAAGGAAGGAUUUACAGGAAACGGGACCUCGUGCAAAGAUGAAGAUGAAUGUGCGUUGGAAACCCAUACAUGUCACUUGGAUGCCACGUGUAACAAUACCAUGGGAUCAUACAAAUGUACAUGUGAAGAAGGAUUCACAGGAAACGGGACCUCGUGCAAAGAUGAAGAUGAAUGUGCUUUGGAAACCCAUACAUGUGACUUGGAUGCAACGUGUAACAAUACCAUUGGAUCAUACACAUGUACAUGUGAAGAAGGAUUUGUAGGAAACGGAACCUCGUGUAUAGAUGAAGAUGAAUGCGCUUUGGAAACCCAUACAUGUCACUUGGACGCCACGUGUAACAAUACCAUUGGAUCAUACACAUGUACAUGUAAGGAAGGAUUUACAGGAAACGGGACCUCGUGCAAAGAUGAAGAUGAAUGUGCUUUGGAAACCCAUACAUGUCACUUGGAUGCCACGUGUAACAAUACCAUGGGAUCAUACACAUGUACAUGUGAAGAAGGAUUCACAGGAAACGGGACCUCGUGCAAAGAUGAAGAUGAAUGUUCUUUGGAAACCCAUACAUGUCACUUUAAUGCCACGUGUAACAAUACCAUUGGAUCAUACACAUGUAUAUGUGAAGAAGGAUUUACAGGAAAUGGAACAAAAUGUGAAGAAACUACAAAGUUCGACGAUGAUGAAUGUAAGUUGAAAAAUUACACAUGCCACUCUGAUGCCACGUGCAGCAGCACCAACGGAUCAUUCAUCUGUACUUGCAUCAAAGGAUUUACAGGAAAUGGAACGGUUUGCAAAGACGUGGAUGAAUGUGCGUUGAAGACUCACACAUGUCAUCGUCAAGCCACGUGCAACAAUACUUUUGGAUCCUACAUCUGUACUUGUGAUCAAGGAUGGACAGGUGAUGGAAAGAGUUGCAAAGACGAAGAUGAAUGUGCUCUGGGAACACAAAGUUGUCACCUUCAUGCUAUUUGUCAGAAUACCAUUGGAUCAUACACCUGUAUUUGUAAAGAUGGGUUUUCAGGAAAUGGAACGUUUUGCAAAGGAUUCCAUCCAAUCUGUUUCUCGGCGAGAGACACGUUGCAUAGCAAGUUCAGCGUUGGAAUGCUGGAUAGACUGGAUGAAGAGGCAUACGAACUCUAUCGUAAAGACAAAUCCACUGAAGACCGCAAAAACGUCGCACAGGAGAUUAUCAAAGAUCUGACCUGCGUAACAAAUCUUGACGCAGUCACGGGUAAAACAAGCCAAAUGAACGAACAAAAUUUAACUGAAGCGGUCCGAAUACUUCAAAAAAUAGUUAAUCUGAACAUUUCUGAUCUUGAUGUUUUGGGUCCUGUAAACAAUAUAUUGGAUCCUAGGAAUGCAGAUGCUUGGAGAACUAUGAAGGACGGAAAAUUAAUCGGCGAUCUGGUAAUGACACUGCAAAAUUAUGCAACUCAGCAAGGAGAAGCCUUAAAAAACGAUGCAUCUACUUCUGCUAUAUUUUAUAACCGUUCAAACAUCCAGUUACGCGUUGAAUACACAAACCAAAGUCAAUUGACGCCAGAAAGAGGAAUUUUUAAUUUUCCAAAUGCAUCCUUUGUUCUUUCACCUGAUGCACUUGCUAAAGAUUCUGGUGCUGUGGUCGCCGUUGUUUGGUAUAAAACAUUGAACAGCUUUCUAACGGACGGUUUAGAUGAUAAAGAUGAUAUUAAUGGUAUCAUAAAUAGCACAAUCAUCAGCGCAAGUGUUCAACCUCAUCCAAUGAAGAAUCUGGAAGAACCUGUUCGAAUCAGCUGGGACACAAAAGAAUCAACAAAGAAGAACAGAAAAUGUGCUCACUGGAAUCCUGAAUUAAGUGAAAGUGGAUGGAAAACAGCUGCAUGUGAAGAGGUGUUUGAUGAGUCAAAUAAUCACCGCAUUACAUGUGAAUGUCAGGAGCUGGCAGCCUUCGCUUUUGUAGAAAUUUUCAGAAAUUUGGAGAGCCAUCGUGAAGUGAGAAGAUCUAAUGUUCACCCAAUGUCAAUUGUUGGCUGCACAGUAUCACUGGUUUGUGUAUUGCUUACGAUACUUGCGCACGUUUUCUUGUGGAGAAGGCUUGAUGAGAGAGCCAAAAUUCCAUCUAAAGUUCUCAUGAAUCUCUGCGUCGCUAUUGUAAUCGCAAAUAUCUUUUGCAUCAUCGCUGAAUCCGCUCUACAUCAUGAGAAAUUCUGUAUUGCUGCAUCGAUAUUAUUGUAUUUUGCUCUACUCGUUCUUUUUGGAUGGAUGUUGGGCGAAGGAUUUAUCAUUCUCUUUCGACUUGCGAAGGUCUACCUGGUUUCAGAUUAUUGGGGAAAAUUUUUGAAAGCGUUCUACGGCAUAUAUUGGGGUAUCCCAGUUAUCAUUGUAUUAUUAACGUUAGCUACUGGAGUAGACGAUUUUGGUGAUUUCAUAACCGAGUAUGUAUGUUGGUGCCGUAGUGGAAGUGAAGCAUUCUGGAUUUUCAUUGCUUCUCUUUGUGCAAUUUUACUUAUCAACGUCGUUAUCUUUCUCUUUGCCUUCCGACAUGCUUCAUCUUCUCAAGAGUUAUGCAUAACGCAGACAAAAGAGGACACGGCACAUGAACACGAAAGAGAAAUUCUUGGUCUAAGAUGCGCUGCUCUGGUGCAUCUUCCGCUGCUUGGACUCACGUGGUUGUUUGGUUUACUUGCAUUUCAUCAGAAUCAGAAUGCGUUGAAAUAUCUUUUCGUCAUUUUCAACAUCUUGCAAGCAUUGAUGUUAGUCGUUUCUCACGUAGUGUUGAAUCGAAUGCUUCACAAAGCCAUGCACAAAGAAAAGCAAGAUCGUCUUUUCAAACCGACUAAAGGCGUUCCUUCGACAACACGCGAAGACGACGAUGAAAAAGCACCAAUUGCAGUUACAUCAGUGUAAUGUUUCAGAUUCCAUUAUUCGAACAACCAGCUUUAGAUGCCAAAGAAAUG